AAUUGAGUCAUUUUUAUUCCAUGGCACCAGGCAGCUGGGUUGAUCUAGAUCCAUGUGGUCCACCAGACAGGCACAAAACCGAAGCUUUUCACCUCCAUUUCCCUCAUUUCCAUGUUCCUUGCUCCAACUCUGCAACACACACCCCUAAGAUAAUAACAUGGCACACCACACGACGCCACCUGCAGGCGCAUCUUAGCAUUCUCAGACCCUUUUCCCAUCCAUCAUCCAUGGAUCCUAACCUCAAAAAUCUCACAAAACCCAUCUCUAGACACCCAACCAGCAAAAACCCAGAUCAUACAAUUCCUUCUAAACAUUUCCACAUGUCAAACCCCUUGUCAAAACUCAACCCAAAUCGUAAACUCAGUACAUUUACCCAGAAACCUGCCAAGAAUCCACUACCGCCUUGCGUAGACACCCAUUUGCAAGCUAAAUCCAUGAGUCUUUCAGCUGAUUUUGAUGGCUCCAGGCUUUCAAUCUUCAAGCCAAAGCACCAAUACCAAAAAAGAAUCGAAUCAAUUGGGGAAAAAGAUAGCAGAGUCGCUGCAACAAAGGAAGAUUCUAAAGACAAGGUCAAGAAAGUAUCAUCUAAAGGGUUGGUGGACAAGAAGAAAGGACAGGAAAUGCUAGUGAUUGAAAAAAAGAAGGAAAUACAUGCCACAGUGAAGGAUAAUAAGGAAGUUAAGGAUCCAGUUGAAGGGCUUGAUAUUAAGAGGAUGACAUUUUCAUUACGUGGUGGCAGAAGAAGAUCCUUCGGUGGCUCACAAGUGGAGUUGGCUGAUUUUCUAGCUCAUAAUGGUGCUAAAUUGGUCUCAGUUGAUAUGCCUCCAUUUAUGCAGAUCCAUGCCGUUGAUUGUGCAAGGAAGACUUGUGACAGUCUUGAAAAGUUCACCUCCAAGACCCUUGCACUCACUCUCAAGAAGGAGUUUGAUGGGGUUUAUGGGCCGGCAUGGCACUGCAUUGUGGGGACAAGUUUUGGAUCCUUUGUGACACAUUCAGUUGGAGGGUUUCUCUAUUUCUCAAUGGAUCAAAAGUUGUACGUUCUCUUGUUUAAGACUACAGUACAAAGAGCAGAGUAAAUCAUUCAGCUUGAUGAUUUGGAAGUCGAAGCAUUUCUAGUAUAGAUAGUUUAGUGAAGCUAAAAGAUAAAAUUGCUGAUAGUUUAGUGAAGCUAAAAGAUAAAAUUGCUGUCCCUUUUGCACCUUGUACAUUGGUUUUGCUUAGGAAAAGCAGUAUAUGAUAUGGAAAUUUCACCUUUUCUCCUGUUCAA